AUGUCGAACUCGGAGUUUCGAAUUCUUGUGCUUCUGGUUUCCCUCACGGCACAAGCAUCAGGAGCCGCAGUUGGACUUGCAAGGCCCAGCUGUGCUGAAACAUGUGGCAACAUCAAGAUUCCCUUCCCCUUCCGAAUAGGAGCCGGGUGUUUUUGGGAUGACUGGUAUGAGAUCGUCUGCGCAAACAGGACGCUUCCAAUACUAAAUAAGAUUGGAUUGCGAGUCCUCAACAUUUCACUCCCCGAUUAUGUUGAAUCCAUGAACGGCAUGACUAGGGUGAGUCUUCCAUUAAUUUACUCAAAUGCAAGCUGCAGGGGCGAAGGACUUAGCGUGCCAGUGAGCUUAGAAGGAAGUCAAUUUAUCUUCUCCCAGACAUGGAACAUCUUUAUAUCGGUCGGUUGCAACACCCUAGCAACAGUGAAUAGUACAGAGUCAGUUGUUGGUUGCCGGUCGAAAUGUGCUGGAACCAGCACCAACAUUAGCCAGUAUAAUGCUUGUUCUCAGAGGGACGGAUGCUGCCAGGCUACACUCCCUUUUAACCUUCGGGGCUUUAGUGUGGAUUUCAAAGAAGAAGGUGGACCUCAGGGAUGCAAGUACGCUUUCCUGGCAGAUAGAUUAUGGUUCUUGAGGUCUAACGUUACAGGUUUAUAUGAUUUGAGUUUGAAUGAUACAGUUCCAGUGGUGUUGGAAUGGGGGAUUCCAAACAAUACCAAUCAUGCACUCAAGCUUAUCCGGCAAAGUUACCGUUCUCUCAAUCCCUUCUCAUGUGACACAUACAGCCUCUACGGACAGUAUUUAAGUGAAAUGCCAUUUAUACAGUGCUAUUGCAGAUCGGGGUAUAGUGGUAACCCCUAUCUUACUGAAGGAUGCCAAGAUAUUGAUGAAUGUGAAAUUCCAAAUGUGUGCCCUAGGAUUUGUGUGAACAAACAGGGCGGCUAUGACUGCAUCGCCGGUAGAAAGACAGCUAUUCUUAUUGGGGUUGGGGCAGGCCUUGGGGCAAUAGUUUUGUGUCUUUUCUUAUGGAGGUUGUACAAAUACAUCAAGAAGAGAAAAUAAAUCAAGCUCAAAGAGAAGUACUUCAAACACAAUGGUGGCCUUUUGUUGAAAAGUGAGUUGUCUUCACCAGAAGGCAACGUCGAGAAAAGCAAGUUGUUCAAUGCCAAGGAUUUAGAGAAGGCCAUCGACAAUUUCAAUGAUGAUAGGAUACUCGGGCAAGGUGGACAGGGCACUGUUUACAAGGGAAUGUUAUCAGCUGGAAAAAUAGUCGCAAUUAAGAAAGCAAAAGUAAUUGAUGAGGGAAAAGUCAAACAGUUCAUAAAUGAAGUCCUUAUUCUCUCACAAAUCAACCAUAGGAAUGUGGUUAAGUUAUUGGGGUGUUGCUUGGAAACAUAAGUGCCGCUUUUAGUGUAUGAGUUCAUACCAAAUGGGACUUUAUACCAAUAUUUGCAUGACCCAAAUGAAGAGUUUCAUGUUUCGUGGGACACACGGCUACGGAUUACAAUUGAAAUUGCAGGAGCCUUAUUCUACUUGCAUUCAGCAGCCUCUAUUCCCAUUUAUCAUCGAGACAUCGAGUCCACCAAUAUACUCUUGGAUGAAAAAUAUCGAGCAAAAGUGGCACAUUUCAGUACUUCCAAGUCAGUUUCCCUUGAUCAAACUCAUGUAACCACGUUGGUAUAGGGUACUUUUGGCUAUCUAGAUCCCGAAUAUUUCUGAUCAAGUCAAUUCACUGACAAAAGUGAUGUAUAUAGCUUUGGAGUGGUACUUGUUGAACUCUUAACGGGGCAAAAGCCAAUUUCUUCACUGAGGAAACAAAAAGGAAGAAGCCUCGCGACCUAUUUCAUAAUUUCAAUGGAGGAGAAUUGCUUGUUUGACAUUGUCGAUGCUCAAGUUUUGAAAGAAGGUAACAAGGAAGAGAUUGCAUCAGUUGCCAGCCUAGCGAAAAUGUGCCUAAACUUGAACGGGAGGAACCGACCUACAAUGAAAGAAGUGGCAAUGGAGUUGGAGGGGAUAAGGAAGCUCCAAAAUCCUUUGGGUAUUCUGCAAAAUCAAGAGAACUGUGAGGCAACUAAAUCUGAUGAUGCUGCUUUUCCAUCUAACAAGUCAAACAUUGACGCGGAUGUCAUUACAUUUCCGGACGUCCAGCCACUUUUACCAAGUGAGACGUGGUAA